AUAUUUGUCAUCUGAAGAAGCGGGUUCUGCCCAAUAAAGCACAUGAUGCUAUGUAUGUAUUUGUGUUAGUCUCUAAGGUGCUACAGGACCAUUGUUGUUUAUUAAAGCAGAAUGGCUACAAGAUGUCUGUCUUUUUGUUUAGAUACCAAAUUGUUUGCUCAGAAACAAGUUUUUUGGAUAUCCUCUUAUUAGAGCACAUUCUGGUCUGAUUCAGCAAAAUAAAGAGAUUUGCUUGAGACCCUGCAGACGUAGAAGUUCCUCAGCAGCCUCUGGUAAAACUGAAGAGGAUGACUUACUCAAAUGGGGCCUUUUACUGAUCCCCAUCACCACAUUUUGUCUUGGUACAUGGCAGGUCCAGCGUCGGAAAUGGAAGCUAAAAUUGAUAGCAGAUUUGGAGUCAAGAGUAGCAUCAGAGCCCACUCCUCUUCCUAUAGACCCCAUGGAGCUGAAGGAGCUGGAGUACAGGUCUGUUAAGGUCCGAGGGUAUUUUGACCACUCCAAAGAGCUGUAUAUUUUGCCUCGUUCAUUGGUGAAUCCUGAACGAGAGGCCAGAGAAGCUGGAAGCCUGACAUCCAAUCCAGAGAGUGGAGCAAAUGUCAUUACUCCUUUCUACUGCACAGACCUAGGGAUCACAAUUCUAGUCAAUCGAGGAUUUGUCCCUAAAAAGAGGGUGAAACCAGAGACGAGACUGAAAGGACAGAUCCGAGAUGAAAUAGACCUCAUUGGGGUGGUGAGGCUGUCAGAAACCCGGAAGCCUUUUGUGCCUGAAAACAACAUAGAAAAGAACCGCUGGCAUUAUCGUGACCUAGAGGCUAUGGCGAGGGUGACUGGUGCUGAGCCCAUCUUUAUCGAUGCAGAUUUCAGGAGCACAGUCCCAGGGGGACCCAUUGGAGGCCAGACAAGAGUGACCUUGAGGAAUGAACAUAUGCAGUACGUAAUAACCUGGUAUGGCUUGUGUGCUGCAACAUCCUACAUGUGGUACAGAAAGUUCAUACAAAAAAUACCCCUCUGAGAGAAGGUCCUUGUGGAUCAUUCCCCAGUGCAACAGACAAGACCCCAAGCUGUUGGAAGACCCAAAGAGAAGGAACUGCUCCAGCUAGUGAAAGAACCAGAGUUCAAAAUUGCAGGGUUUAUUUGAGUCUUCAUCCCAAGCUGGCUCUGGCUCCUCAAGUGCUGCUUGUGGCUAUGCUGCUCUGUAAAUCAGUGCAGCUCAUGAACUGGCCUAAACUGAUUGGCUUCUGAACAAGAAAUCCAUAUGUUCCGGCAUCAUGAUUCUAGCUACUCAGUGAAAACUGAGCUUUAGAUUCCCAGGAGUUAACAACUGCUACUAUUAUAACAAACUCUUAUUGAGAAAGUGUGAUUUAGAUGAGGUUGGCUGGGUAGUGCUUAGGCCAUCAUUUGCCUUACCUGUUUUACAAGGGGCACUAAUUUCAAAUUGAUGGCUACUGUUGCCUGCAAGGUGAUAAUUCAGGAAAUGCUUUAUCAAUCAUAAGGAGACAGCAUGUCUAGUUUGAGUAUGCCUGUCAUGAUUGUGGAAAUGAUUAGAAAUUCCUCAUUUAAAGUCCACUUGUGUCAAACAAUCAGGUCCUCAGGAUUAUUUUAAGAAUGCAUGUUACAGUGCAAGGAUUGCAGAUUUAUAAAGGGCUCUUGAUAUA